UGGACUCCAACAGGGAGACGUCUAAUCACAGGCUCCCAAAGUGGGGAAUUCACUCUUUGGAAUGGACAAUCAUUUAAUUUUGAGAUGAUUCUCCAGGCCCAUGAUCAAGCAAUAAGGUCCAUGGUGUGGAGUCAUAAUGACAAUUGGAUGGUUUCUGGUGAUGAUGGGGGCUCGAUAAAGUAUUGGCAGAACAAUAUGAACAAUGUCAAGUUCAAUAAAUCAGCUCAUAAGGAAUCAGUCCGUGAUUUAAGUUUUUGUAGGACAGAUUUGAAGUUCUGUUCCUGCUCUGAUGAUACCACUGUUAAAGUUUGGGACUUUGCCCGGUGCCAAGAAGAGCAUUCUUUAACUGGCCACGGUUGGGAUGUGAAGAGUGUUGACUGGCACCCCACAAAAUCUCUAUUAAUUUCUGAAUGUUUAUCUUUGGUAGCAUUGGCAUGGCAUCCCUUCCAUGAAGAAUACUUUGUCAGUGGGAGUUUUGAUGGAUCAAUUUUUCAUUGGCUUGUUGGGCAUGAAACACCUCAAGUUGAAAUCCCGAAUGCCCAUGAUAAUAGCGUAUGGGAUCUAGCAUGGCAUCCUAUUGGAUAUCUUCUUUGCAGUGGUAGCAAUGAUCAUACAACAAAGUUCUGGUGCAGAAAUAGGCCUGGGGACACCCCUCGCGAUAAAUUUAGCAUUUCCCAAAAUCAAGGGUAUGGUGAGCAAAACCUUGCGGUUGCUGGUCGUUUUCCUGGUAAUUUUCCGGUACCGGAGGCACCACCAACUCCUGGAGCAUUUGUUCCUGGAUUGACCAGAAAUGAGGGAACUAUUCCAGGAGUUGGAAUUGCAAUGCCACUAUCAAUUCCAUCUCCUGAUGUGUCAUCGCAGGGGGAGCAGAAGCAGCCUCUUCCGCCUUCAAUGCCUCUGGGAGCCCCACCUCUUCCUCCUGGUCCACAUCCCUCUCUUCUUGCAGCCAAUCCGCAGCAGGGAUUUCAGCAGAAUCCACAGCAGAUUCAGCAACAACAGCAUCAGGCUCUUCCACAGCAAAUGCACCCUAUGCCUAUGCCACCUCCAAAUAUGCAACAGCUACAGACGCCAUCUCACAUGCCUUUGCUUCCACAUCCUCAUUUACCUCGUCCCCCACUGCAGAUGCCACCACUUGGCAUGCCUUCACCCAUUCCAUCUUCACUGCCAGGAUCUCUUCCUGUGCCUUCAUCAAUGCCUGCAUCGCAUCCAUUAUCUAUGCCUGGUCCAAUGGGAAUGCAAGGUGCCAUGAAUCAGAUGGUUCCCCCAAUGCCACAGGGCCAUUUUAUGGGCAUCAAUCCAAUGCACUCAGGAUCAUUACCCACUAGUGGUGCUUCUCCCGGAGGCUUUCAAAAUGGCCCCCCAAACAUGCAGGGUCCUUCUAAUGCAGGUGGUGCGCAAAUGUAUCCACAGAGUGGUGCAUUCCGUCCACAAGCUGGGCAGAUGUCAAUGAUGCCAGGAUUUAAUCCCUAUCAGUCUGGGAAUCAACCGGGUAUGCCGCCACCACCACAACCACCUGGUCCACCACCUCAUGCCCAGACACAUCAGUAAUAUGAACGGGUCUCGAAGAGGGAGAUUUUAUGGUUUUUCUUUUUACCCUUUUUUUUUUUUUUUUUUUCUUUGGAAUGUAACAAUAGCUUAUUUUUCAAAUGAAUAGUAGUCUGUUUAACUUAAA